AUGAGCACGGUUGGGUUGCCUCUAGUUCCCAGCGCAAGGUCCUCUAACUCUUCGUCUUCGAGUCGCAGUAAUCUCCACUCUGCUGGAUCCAUCAAUUCCGAAAAGAGUGCUCAAAGUGUGCGUAGCCAACGCAGUUUGUACCAACAAGAGGAUGAAGAUACCGAAGAGCUUGAGGAGGAGCCACAAGAGUCGAGUGGGGGACUUUGGGACGAGGUUGAACACUUUCUGAACAAACCAUCGCCGAGUUUGUCAACAUUAUCGGUGAAGCCAUCGACGGCCACUAAACCUCAGAGUACAUUGCCUAGGUUAAAUGGAAGGAGAGCGUCGCCAGAUAACCAAGCUACAAAGCCUCGACCACCUGCUUCGUCUGGACCCAAAGCAAUCGACCCCAAACUGCUUCAAGAAGCUUUUGCGUAUGCAAAUCAACUACAGCAGGUGAACUUUGACGAGGAUGAGGAUCAGCAAUCGUGGAGACACAACAAGACUAAAAUGCUGAUGCAACGUGCCGCUCUUGGCAGGACAAAUUCUUCGUCUUCUGUGUCGAGUAGCGGCCCCAACGGAAGAGCUAGUGGGGCUAAGGAUACUCGGAAAAAGAAAACCAAGUCAACGUCAUCGGCCUACAGUGCGGCAGUGAAGCCUAAAGCAGUACGAAAGAAACGCAGCACGUUUGAUGGCACUCCAGAUACGGGAUCUCAGUCGAAAUCUAGGGGCCACAUGGAUCCCCAGACCCUGCAAGCAUUAGUGAGCAAUUUCCAGAACGGCACGGCGUUGGAUGAGCUACGUCGAGAGCUCGCAGCCUCUCAGCAGAGUAUGGCCAUGUCCCGUCAGGUCCUACAAGAUGCAGCGCAGAACUUUUUCCAGUCCCACUAGUUCUAGCAGAAAAAUUACAGUUACUCGACCAAAAUAAACAUAAAAUACUAGAUAUUCCAGAUUCGUUAAACAAAAUUAGGGAG